UGAUAUGUGUAAGCCAGUGUGUUAGCUGGUGCUAUCAGUGAAAUGUGUGUCUGUUGUGUGUGUAAGUGUGUGUUUCUUGUGGGGGUGUUGCUGAGAGUGCUACAGGGAGGAUGGUUGCUGUCUCUCUCCCACACAGACAAUGAAAUCAUUAUUAUCUCGGCCUCCACCGAACCGCUGUGACCCGGAGCAGCCCAUGCCUCUUGGGUCGACGCCAAAAAAGCGAUGAGCGAAUGAGCCACCCCUGCUCCUGCGCUCAAUUAAAUUACCCAACAAUUUACUAACGUGCAGAGUUAAAAUAAAUACACACAUUCCUCAAUAAAAACAACAAAAACGAAUCUGAAGAAACAGCAAAGGUUUGUCUCUCGUUGUUAGGGUGUUUCUCAGUCACGCUGUCGUGUAAUACGAACCGGCAUGAGCAGGCCUCGCCUCCCCGAGCCCGAGCCCUCCCCCAACCGGCAAUAACAGAUGGUCUCUCUGGGCGAUGAUGUCAAAUCUUUUCAGCUGUUGGUUAGCGAGAGCCGAAAAGCUUUUUUUGAGUGUGAGCAACGAAGGCACAGGUUUACCCCAGGGCACGCAUUCAGAGUACUGUGUGGAGGGAGAGAGGGGCAGCGGGUCUCAGGACUUCACGCUGCACUCCUGCAGGCACAUCGUUACACAGCAGGCAGGCAAUUCAAAAUACAAUCGGAUGCCGUUUUUUUGUUUUUUUUUACUCUCCGUCAAGUUGUUUUGUUCGCUUUGUUUCCCUCAGCUUCCCAGUAUUAGUAACGUUUCCAUGCAGGCAACUUGAGAGGGUCCCCCCCCCCAAAAAAAAAAAAAAAACAAAACAAAACAAAACAAAACUACAAUAAAAAGCUAGUGAUUGAGAAGAGUAUAAAGAAAACGAAGUGUGGUUUUUUUUUGUUUUUUUUUUAAACCGGCACAUUUGAGAAAUGAACUCGAUCACUGACGGGGAUAUUUCAUGAGAAAACUUUUGGAUUUCCUCUGGGAAACAUCUGAAAGUCAUUUAAAACGUGCUGUGCAUCGGCUAAACUCUGCAGGAUUCCACAGUGUUGCAUCUUGCCUCGGCUAAUCCAGACAAUUCAUCCCAUUACCAGCAGCCUCGGUCUGCGCUAAUGGAAAGGUCAGUGCUGUCCAGGAUGAUGUGGAGAGCGCUCUGAUCCCCCCCCCCCCUCUACUGCUUGGACCAGCGACCCCUCCAGCCAUGACCUCGGAGCCCCUGCAGAUUGACCUGGGAGUCGCGGGCGAGGGGGUGACGGAGGUGGACGUGUGUGAGCUGGAGAUCCAGAGAGACUAUGAGAUCAUCCCUGCCAUCAUCUGCACCAUGUGCUGCCUCUUCGGAGUUAUCUACUGCUUCUUCGGGUACCGCUGCUUCAAAGCCAUCAUGUUCCUGUCGGGUCUCCUGUUCGGCUCCAUCAUCAUCUUCCUGCUGUGCCACAAGGAGCGGGUUCUGGACACGGAGCUGAGCGUGGAGGUCAGCGCUGGCAUCGGCCUGGCCAUCGGGCUGCUGUGCGGCCUGGUCACCAUGCUGGUGCGCAGCGUGGGGCUCUUCAUGACCGGCCUGCUGCUGGGGCUGCUGCUCGCCGCUGCCGCCCUGGUGGCCAUGGAGCAGGUGUACAGCCCGGGCACGGUGUGGGUGCCGGUGGGCAUGCUGAUGGGAGCGGGCAUGCUGUUCGCAGUGCUCACCCUGCAGUGGCAGAAGCUCUUCACCGUGCUCUCCACCUCUGUGUUCGGAGCUGCCAUCAUGACGGUGUGCGUGGAUUACUUCAUCGAGAUGCUGGUGCUCGUGCAGUUUGUGUACGAUUGCGUGCGCCUCGCCCCCUCCCCGCCGCUCUGCUGGUACAGCUGGGUCAUCAUGGCAGUGUGGCCAGCGCUCAGCAUUCUGGGAAUCGUAGUUCAGUGGAAGCUGACGGCUGAAGGAUUCUCUCAUACUGAAGUGAUCAUCUCCCGCCGUCAGAAGAGAGUUCAGCUCAUGAGGAUCCGACAGAAAGACGCCAAGAAGCACCAGCCGGGCCCUGCGCCGGAGGGGACCUACCGCAGGAAAUCCUACCCAGUGAAGCGCUACGCUGGGGACGUGCUGGCCCCUAGUUACCUCCAGAGCCUGAGGGAUCGGCAGAUGGGCACAGGCACCUCCCUGAGCAGCCUGAGCACCAACACCCACACCAUGGUGGACCUGGACUACGAGUGCGGCUCCACCGUGCCUCUCACUGCCACCACGCCCGUGGUGCGGGUCUGAGUCCUGCUGUCCGCCUGCCACACCCCACGUUAUCAACUGUGCAAAAUCCUCAGCUAGUCUCCCCGAUAAUCCACAAGAGCACAAAACCGACGAGCCCCCUCUCUGAAAAUAUCUUCCCUGUCAUUCUUUUUAUUGCGUGUUUUCAGGUUUCUGUCCCAAUGCACCAGCAGUGGCCCCUCACAUCGCUGUGUAGCUGUGAGGUUAACAAACCCGGCUGUCUUUCCUUGGGUUCUGCCUGGAGUGUCUGUUACUUAAACUCGAGGGAUAUUGGAAGGGAAAGAGGCUGUUUAGCCAGUCAAGCUUGAGCCUUGCUUGCUUAGCCCCAGGGCUGUUGUCAGCUGGUAAACUCUACCACUUCUGUAUUCCUCUCCAUAUAAAUGUGCCGCCUCGCUGGCAUGCUGAACAGCUGGUUUUACUCUCCGCUCUGUUAAUCCGUUCUUGCUGAUCAGGAACAGGAGGUCAAGCUCCGACUGGCAUCCCUGUGAAUUCUGAGAAUCCCUUGGAUUGCUCCUGUCUGCUCAGGUCUAGUUUAGAGCGGUCUUAUUCAACGCACUAGCAAGUGACCACCCUUCUGCAGAGAACUGCUCCCCCUUGUGGAAACAAAGUAGAUUGCACUCCAAAUUACAACCAGCAGUCCUGGGAAAUAAACUGGCAGAUGACAGUUAUUUGACAACAUUUUAAAUACAAGUUUAAAAUGUAUUUGAUUUAAUGAUCAAUGUAGACAGGAGGUGGUGGCUGAUCGUGGAGUAGACCAGCAUGUUGUCAUGAUAACUGAUUAAGGGGUAGUUUACAAUGAUCUUUUUUCUGUUGUGCCUUCAUCAAGAACAUUUUCUAAAACAAGAUCAAGUGGAUCAGAAAGGACACUUUAAAUAAUAAGAAAAGUGUCUAAAUCCAGAAAAUACAAGAAGAAAAGACCCAACUUCCCCUAAGGACAACGAAGAGACUGUUUCAAACUCAAAGCUCUUGAAAGACUUUUUUUUUUUU